AUGGAGUGCGAAAGGCCAAAGCAGGCUGACCUGGCGCUGGUCGAGCGGCUGCUGGCAGCGACGCUGCCCUACGCUCACCGGGUGGUGAACGUGUACCUCUUCGGCUCGCGCGCCCACGGCCUCGCUACGCCAGAGUCGGACUAUGACGUUAUGGCCGUGAUUGAGAGCACCGACGGCAGUGACGAUAAACCCGGCAGUCGCCUCCUCGACUUCGAAAGCCAUAACUUGAGCAUCACCGUCUUCCACCUCACCUUCUUCUGCAGCCUCGUCCAAGAGAACGUAGUCUGGGUCUCUACGGCACUGUUUCUGCCGAAGGAGUGCGUGUGGCGAGAGGACGUGCGCGUGCCGUUCGAGCUGAGGAAGGCGGACCUCCGGCGGGUUGUGCUGGGAGACGUCAAGCAGCAGCGCAAGAAGAACAAAUGGAAAGGUGACGCCAAGCGCGGGAAGAAGAACUACAUGCACGCCCUUCGCACGCUCGACUACGCGCUCCAGAUCCUACGGGACGGCGCCAUCACCGACCUGCAAGCACCCAACCACUACUGGCCUGAGAUCUCCUCCAAUCCCUCGACGAGGUGGGAGGACUACAAGCGCAAGUACGGACCACUCUUUAGGGAGCUCAAGGACCAGGUCAUCGCGCUCACCGAGCCCCUGCCCAUACCGGCAGACCUCCGCACACCGUACAGUGAAGGUCCCCGCCUGGCCACCUUUGCCUACAUCGCCGCCCACGGCCUCCGCUCACUCUCCCGGACUAAUGGCCGCCACCAGGAGCUGAACAUUGACAUCACGAGGGACGAAACGUGUCCCGCGCUGGUGAUGCUGCAUGCCGACAGCUUCAAGGCGCUCGACCACCCGGUUGUGAAGGAAUGCUCGUCCGGCCUGCUCAUCGAGAUGUCGCUGGAGAAUACGCCGACCACGGACAAUAGUGUUGGCCAGCCGACGAGGCUCGUGUGCUACCCGCCAGCCAAGAUGACCGACGUCCGGCCGUCCAAUCUGGAGGAGGCCGACGCGCUGCUGGGACCCGGGCUCCUUCACAGCGACGCGCGCGGAGGGAUUCACCGCGGGCGAGUGUUCAAGCUGAUGAUCUCCGACAAGGCCCGGUUCGUGUCGCUCUUCCACUACGACGGACAAUGGCGCGUCUGCUCGUCGGAGCUGGCCGACUGCAGCGACGCGGUGCUGCGAGUGACGGUGCCGAUGCCCUCCACCGCGACGCCUCGGCCGGAAACGCUUGAGCCGAAUGCUGGUAAGAAGGAAGAAUGCACAUUCCUUGAGUACCUGGCAUUCAAGAGCCGGACGCACUACAACUACUGGGAGGUCAUGGAGGAGACGCUCAUCAAGCCCCGGCAAGCCUUCGCCAGCUUCGUCAACCGCGCACGGAAGGUCGACCCGACAAACUGGGAGGGGACCGGCCAAAGCCUAACGGGCAGCGGGCGGGCCAAGAGGUCGGCGACUGGCAGCGACCACGAAUCCGAAGCGAAGACGCUGGGCGACUACUUCUGGGAGAUCUGGCACGAGCGCGGGUACCAGCUGCCAGAGGACACUAGCCUGUGCUACACCUUCAUGGUCUCCGUUACCGCGAUCGACGCUUGCGAGCACCUUCCCUCGCAAGAUGCUUCGUCAGCCGGACAAGCGCUCUUGAGCGGUGCGAGGCAUCUGGACGGCAAACUCGAGGACCUGCCGCCGAUCGACCACCCGUGGGAGGGCGAUCAUGAAGAGUCCGCUGGCGACGCGCGCGCGGCGGAAGACACGGGCGACACCGCCGCCGCACCUGCCGCGGGCAAUCCCAAGGGCGCCAAGUACGCGUGGCCGCCAGUCCUUCCCCCGGACCACCACUCCCUCUACCGGGUGCUGCUACGCGAAGGCAGGCGACUCGAUUCGAGUGCGUGCUCCGGGUUUCUGGUGGUCGACGACGACCUGCGCAGGGCCAAGAUCAUCGCACCGGCCUAUGCGGCCCUUGCGCGGUUGAAGUGGUUCGUGGGCAAGGAGGACACGCUACGCGAACUGCUCCUCGAGGUGAUCCGGUCCAGCGACUUCCCCUCUAUCGCGAGCUUCAUCAAGGAUUUCAUAACCUCCUGCGCCUAUUGGAAGAAGCCUACUGCCCUCUGCUCUCUUUAUCGCGGUAUAUCCCUGGUCCACUCCUAA